UUGUCCGUCACUUAUUGCACAUCCUACAUGUCAUGUCCCUAAUUCCCAAUUCACUCUAUAAAUAUAAACCUCUCUUAUUACUUGUGAUCAUCCCAUAAUUUCCAAGUUCUAUUUCUCACACACGCAAAAUGUCGACAGUGCAUGAGGAAGUGGAUGCAAAGUUGAAGGGUGAAGCUCAUAUACGGGAAGAGAUGUUUGCUUUUGUAGGCUCCAUGGCUCUCAAAUCCGCUGUGGAGCUACGCAUCGCCGACAUCAUACACUCCCACGGCCGUCCAAUCACCUUGCGCCAAAUCGCCUCCGCCAUCGACCCUCCCGCCACCGAUAUCACCACCCUCUCCCGUAUCAUGACAUUUCUCGUCCGCAAGUCCAUCUUCACCGCCAUUCCUUCUCCGUCGUCAGACGGCGGUCCAUCCUCAGACACCCUCUACGGCCUCACCCCUUCCUCCACGUGGCUCCUCCGCGACGCCGAGAGGACGCUAGCGCCGAUGCUGCUAAUGAUGAAUCAUCCGCUGCUGCUGUCUCCGUGGCAUCACUUAUCCGACUGCGUCAGAGACGGCGGGAUCGCCUUCAAGAAGGCUCACGGUCGGGAUGUUUGGGACUUCGCCGGUGCUAAUCCGGAGUUCAACGCCAUGUUCAAUGACGCGAUGGCGUGUACGGCUAGGAUCAUGCUUGAUGCCAUCCUGGCGGGGUGCAAGGACCGGCUAGCCGACGUGGAGUCCCUCGUGGACGUGGGAGGUGGGACCGGGUCAGCGAUUGCAGAGGUGGUGAAAGCGUAUCCGCACAUCAAGGGUAUCAACUUUGACUUGCCACAUGUCGUUGCCACUGCACCCCCGUUCCCCGGAGUGUGCCACGUGGCAGGUGACAUGUUCCAUAGCAUUCCUAAAGCUGAUGCAAUUUUCAUGAAGCGGAUAAUGCACGAUUGGGGAGAUGAAGAUUGUAUUAAAGUCUUGAAAAAUUGUCGAAAAGCAAUCUCCGAGACAAAUGGCAAGGUGAUCAUCAUUGAUAUCGUUUUGCAACCAGAUGGUAAAGACUUAUUUGACGAGACAAGGUUGACAUCUGAUCUAAUCAUGCUUGCCUACUUCCUUAAAGGAAGAGAAAGAACAAAAUUAGAGUGGGAGAAAUUGUUGCAUGAAGGAGGAUUUUCUCGCUAUAAGAUCAUUAAAAUUCCAACAUUAGUGUCAAUUAUCGAGGCAAAUCCAUAAUAAAAAUAAAAAUUAUGUCAUUAUAUUUCUGUGUGAUUUGAAUUUUAAUUGAAUGGUUGAGAGGUAUGUAAUAUUAUGGAGUUUGAAGAAUAAUUUUUUCAAGCCUUAAUGGUAAUAAAGUUUCAUCAUUUGCCUUUAAUAUCAUUAUCAUACAAUGCUAUUAAGGUUUGUAAAAGUGGAGGUAAUUUAUAAUUUUAUGUUUAUGCAAUAAAGACAAAUACGGGAUUACUAGAA